AUGGCUGGGCCUACGCGAUCGCAGCCCGCCAAAGACUCCAGGACACGAGACCCCCCCAAACGAGUACUCAGAGCACCCGCAAAGAGCCGACUGUCCACCGCUCAGGAUCGCGCUGGCACGCCAGCUCGACCCAUUAGGCCUUCAGUUCCAAGCUCAGCGCGCACAAAUAUCUCUCCUGGAACGCAAGCCAGCGCUGUUUUAAAGCGGAAAGACAGGGAAUUCGAUCAUGAAGUACCUGGAGAUACGAAUAUUCACGUGGUGGUCCGUUGUCGAGGGAGAAAUGAUAGAGAGGUGAAAGAAAAUAGUGGCGUGGUUGUUUCUACGGAAGGAAUUAAAGGUUCAACCGUCGAGUUGUCGAUGGGGCCUAAUGCCAUGGGGAAUAAAGCAUACAACUUCGACAAGGUCUUCUCGCCAGCCGCGGACCAGGCCAUCGUGUUUGAUGAAGUGGUAGUGCCGAUUCUGAAUGAGAUGCUUGCGGGUUAUAAUUGCACAAUUUUUGCGUACGGGCAAACCGGAACGGGGAAAACAUACACAAUGUCCGGCGACAUGACGGAUACGCUCGGAUUGCUGUCCGACGCUGCUGGGAUAAUUCCUCGAGUGCUUUAUGCGCUCUUUCGGAGACUUGAGGAAACAGAGUACUCGGUGAAAUGUUCCUUUAUUGAGUUAUAUAACGAGGAAUUGAGGGACUUGCUUUCGCCGGAAGACAAUUCAAAAUUAAAGAUAUACGAGGAUGGGGCCAAAAAGGGGAGCCACGGCACCAUGGUUCAAGGGAUGGGCGAGUCCUAUAUCCACUCCGCAUCAGAUGGUAUCAGAUUGCUCCAGGAAGGCAGCCAUCGUCGCCAGGUUGCAGCAACAAAAUGCAACGAUCUCAGUUCCAGAAGUCAUACUGUGUUUACGAUUACGGCGUAUAUCAAAAGAUCAACGGACAAAGGCGAGGAAUUUGUCAGCACAGGAAAAUUGAACCUUGUUGACUUGGCUGGAAGUGAAAAUAUCCAACGCAGCGGCGCGGAAAAUAAAAGGGCAGUAGAAGCUGGACUAAUAAACAAAAGUUUACUUACCCUAGGCCGGGUAAUUAACGCUUUGGUAGACAAAAGCCCUCAUAUUCCCUACAGGGAGUCAAAGCUUACCCGGCUGCUUCAAGACUCGUUAGGUGGCCGCACGAAAACAUGUAUCAUAGCGACAAUUUCCCCCUCUCGUAGCAAUCUAGAAGAGACGAUCUCGACGCUAGACUACGCAUUCCGUGCUAAGAAUAUCCGCAAUAAGCCCCAGAUAAAUUCGACAAUGUCCAAGAAAACAUUACUACGAGAAUUUACUACUGAGAUUGAGAAGCUAAAAGGGGAGUUGAUAGCCACGAGACUCCGAAAUGGUGUUUAUCUGUCAGCAGCCUCCUACGAGGAAAUGACCGUGGAAAGCGAGUCACGACGGAUCCUCACAGAGGAACAGAGAGCGAAGAUAGAAAGCAUGGAAUCCAAUUUGAAAAAUAAAGUCCAGGAACUGUUUACAUUGACGAGUAAUUUCAACAUGCUGAAAAAAGAUAAUGAGGCUACUCGAGCAGCUUUGGACGAGACGCAAGAUGUAUUGGAGAAAACCGAAAUCGUCUUACAAAAUACCCAGAAAAGCUUGGAGGAAGAGGAGAUGUUACGAAGAGCACAUGAGGCCACUGAAUCUGAGCUCCAUAAAAUUGGAGCUAAUCUUAGAUCACAGUUGGAACAGUCAUCUGCAGAUGUUGAAGGUCUACACUCAAAGUUAGGACGGCAUUCUCAGCUUCAUCACUUUAAUAAAGAUACGUGGGAGUCUUCGACUAGCUGCAUGUUGGAUAUCACAAAGAUUAUUGAUGACCGAAUGACCGCUUUCCAGUCACUACACGAUGACAGUCUGCGGCAACUCUCUUCAAAAGUGAAAGACUAUGUUACUGAGGAGUUAAACACCAUGGAUAUGGAUCGCUCGCUUAUAAAGAACUCGAAUGCAUUGUUGCAAAGCAUGGAAGACGAUACAAAAUUGAAGAUGUCUUCGAAUCGAGAUGAGAUGAACAACAUCCUAGGCGAGAUUAAAGACUUGAGAGAGGACGUCCAAGGAAAGGUUGGGGCAGGCUUAAAUGGCUUGUCUUCUGCUGCAGCCCGUAUUUCCGGUGAAGUCAUUGAUGAACUUCAACAAUUUCAAGGUGAAUUCCGCGAGAUGCAUAAAUCCCUAAGUGAUGAACUCGCAGCAAUGUUUGGAUCGCUCGUGCAUCAACUCCAACUUCAAAAAGACUAUAUUAAUGACAUCCGUCGACAAUUACAGGAAGCCAACCAAAAGGCCUUGCAAGCGAGCGAAGAAGCUGCAUCAACACUUGAGACUGUGAUAAGCGAAGAAAAGCAGAAUUCAGAAAGGGAGCGAGCGGAGCUCAUGUCGCAGAUCCAGAGUCUUCUAAGCUCAUCGGCGGAAAAGCAAGCGUCUAGGCUUAGAAAGAACAUUAAUGGCGUUAGGGCUGACAUGAAAGCUUCACGGUCUUCAUUACAACAAGCCAGUGUGUCAUACAGCCAGGAGAUGGAUAGUUGGGCUGAAAAUGAUAGCAAGCUCACGGAGAAGGUACUAGCAUCUGAGCGGGAGUUGAAAUCAAAGAUGGCAGAAAAUAUGGAUGUGUUAUCAACGAGACAUGCUUCGAUCGAAGAAAGUACAAGUGCAGUGCAUGCGGAGACCGUACGCAUCGUUGAGGACCAGAAAAAGGAUAUGCAAGUGCAGAUGCAGGCAUUGGAUGAAUUUGUAACGCAUGCACGGUGCCAGAACGAUGAAUAUCACAGCUCAAAUCUGGAGAUACUGGAUAGUUUUGCCCUGAAUGUUCGCGGCGCUCAUGGCGAAAUUGGCGAUCAUCUUGAGAAGUUACAGUCAAGCGCAGAAGAGUUCCUCUCGACAGUUAGCGGCGACCAUAAGGAAAUAGAAACCAUCGUCUCGAACUUGACAGCGGAUGUUAGGAAUCCCCUCAGCGAGCUUCAAAACAACAUUCAGGAUGCACGAAUGACGGAGUAUAGCCCAACUGGCAGUACUCCGGAGAAAGUCCAGUACAAUUUUUCAGUCACGCUACCACGGACCGACUCGCAUGAUAGACUUAUCCGGAGGCUAAGGGGUGUUAAAAGCCCUGUGAAGAGCCCUAAGAAAAGCCCCAUAAAACGGGCACCAGUUACUCUUGUGUCACUUUCGUCUCCAAUAGGCCCUGGGCCAUUAUCUCCGAGUAAAGGGUUAGUCUAUCACGAUGAAGAUGGGUUGGUGGAGUCCCCAAGCAAGCCAUGUUCUACGUCCUCUGGGCUAAGGGAAGUUGAUGUUAAUAUCUCUCGUCUGCCGACUAGCAACGUGACGCCUAAAGAUGCCUUUGGAACGCACGAGCAACUCGACGGCUUGUGCAAAGAUAUGCAGCCACCAUCGAAGAGACGGUUAUCGGCGAGCUUCGCGGCGAAAGCGAAUUUGACAGGGGAGAGCAAGAUGAUGAUUCCAACAAAGACGACGAGGAGGAAUGCAACUACUGUCGGUCCUGGUGUGGCGUUUGAGGGGAGGGAAAAUCUGUUGCCUCCGGCAUUGGCAAGCGGCAUGGCGCCUGUGAGGAGAGUGAGGAGUGGGCCAGAGUGA